AUGGACACUCAACAAGAAACCGACUGUCUCGAAGAAGAAGAAGUGAAAGGAACGAAAAGGAAGAUAUCUUUAUUCAUCUGUGCGGUGUGUGGACGUGAAGAGGCAAAGUAUACGUGUCCCCGAUGCCUGACACAGUCCUGCAGUUUACUCUGUGUCAAAAAGCACAAGGAAAAUACUGAAUGCAGUGGAGUCAGGGAUAAAACUGCCUUUGUGGGUCUCGCGCAUUUUGAUGAAAUGAAUCUUCUCAGUGAUUACAGAUUUCUUGAAGAUAUCAGCCGGUUUUCAGAUGGCGCAACUAGAGACUCUAUUAUUAGGGUUCCGCAAGUAACUUUGAAAGCAAAAUUUUUAAUGUCUAAUGCCAGAAAAAUGAAUAUCAACCUCAGACUACUACCUUGCACAUUUGCAAGAAGCAAAGAAAAUUCAACCAUCUUCAAUCGAAAAGAGAAACUCUUCAUGUGGCACUUGAAGAUCAUCUUCCCUGAUAGCUGUGCAGACUACACUCAGAGGAGGGUUUCUGAUCAGUUAACUCUGAAGCAAAUUCUGGAUCCGUACAUCCAUCCCACAGAGUCGGACCCUGUGGCACGUCAAAAGCUGAAGAUGUACGUCCAUGAGGUCUUGGAACAUAUAAAAGUUUUCAUGAAGGCAGAGGGAAGAAAGGCUAACUCAGUGAGGUACCAUGAAUUGGAUUUCAAUAAGACUCUGAGGGACAACCUAAGCUACAAAACCUUGAUUGAGUAUCCUGUACUGCAUGUUGUGCUGAAGGAUCACUGGAAAGACUAUCCCCUGAAGGGACUAGAACAAUCCUCCAAAGUCAGUAAUUCCACUCUAAGGUUGAGUCCUCACAAAGAUGAUACGUCAAAGUCUGCCACUGGCGCUGGAUCUUUGGGAAUCACCUCGCCGCCAGCGAAACGGGCAAAACGAGAAGGACUGGAGAAGGAAGACGGAGAACUGACAGGAAGCGGUGAUGAGGAUGAAGACAGCAGCUCAUCUGAGAGUUCUGAUGCAAGUGAAGGACCCACUGAAGAGAGAAAUGUUGCUAUGACUGUGUCAAAAGAUAUGGGAGAGAACUAUGUGGACCAUGUAGUCAGCAAGGACCAGAGUGCAGGCAGCAGUGAGAGAAUGAAGAGAUCCUUUAUUCGUCCCACAGUGGGGACAUUUCCGAUCCUGGAUGAACGACGCUGGGAAAGGAUCAGCAAUGACUCGAGUGCAUGCGACGGUGAAGGGAUCGGGGGUUACAGUAUUGACCAAAGUGAAGCCAGCAGUGAGAAGAGCCAUGAUCUGUGCGGAGGCAGCAUCAGUGAACCAUUAGGAGACACUCGCAGUGCUUCUUAA